AUGGUGUUACCACGAAGUAAAGGUUGUAGGAUAUGCGUCCAGAGACGAGUCAGGUGUGACCUUACUCGGCCAAUAUGCAAAAACUGUGCAAAGGGCAAUCGACCUUGCCCUGGCUACGAUGCCGACUUACGCAUCCAUGAUGAGGGAUCUAAGCUCCGAAAGCGGUUCGGGCAACAUAACGAAUCCCUCUCUAAGACAGACGUGGACACCUCGUCCCCCGCCACGUCUACUAGUUCGAACAGUCAGUCCACCGAUCCCUUGACGGAUGAGAUGGAGGUAGUUGCGCAAGUGCCCUCGUCCGACUGGCAAACAUCGACCGACUUCAAUUCCAGUAACGCAACUUUUGGCAUGUUUCAGUACGAGUUCAGCCCCGACGCCCAAUUACCUCUGCGACCAGCAGCAACAGCAACCGCAAUGGCGACUACUUCUAACAGUCUCCUCGCUGGUGGGUCUAUCAAUUUCGACAAGUCGCUGGCCGUGACCGUUGACCACGGGGUCGUUUCCCCCUAUCUCCUCCAAGAGCAGUUGCUGCAUACGUUUUGCUCAGGUAUCACCUCUCAAGGAACCAGCAUCCUCCCCCCAGCAAUGCAGAAUCACUCUCGUUGGCUGACUCAGCUCCCGGAUCACUUUGGCUCCCAACUGCUCGAUUCGGCUGUUCGUGCAGUUUCAAUGAUACACAUCGCGCAGACCAACAACUCAGAAGUCUUUGCUCAUGAAUCAAGACAGUUCUAUGGCGCUGCACUCCGGCUCUUGAAUAAAACACUGACAGACCAAAGCAAGGGAAUGGCAACUGAAACGCUAUCUGCCACCGUGCUACUAUCAUUCUAUGAGAUGUUUGCUUCUGAUUCAAAUCUGGGCUGGAUUAGUCACGCUGGAGGUGCGGGUAUGCUGAUGCGACUUCGAGGUCCUCAGAGGCACCGGCAUGGCCUUGACCGGGAUGUUUACCUCGCAUAUCGCCACACUAUCAUGAUUGAUGCCUUUCAGAGGGAUGAAGAGUGCUUCCUUGCUCAGCCCGAAUGGCUUCAAAUGGCGAGGGAAGUUCACGAAGACCUCCGCGCGGAUGGCGUGUCCCCCGAGAGGCUGGACCUCUUUGAUCUAGCUGAGGAGUUUUACCGUGAAUAUGUCACAAUCCCAGCCACGUUUCGAGACGCCAGACGUCUGCCAAUCGCGGCUGCCAAAAUGGGGCCCAAAAAGUUCAGGGUACAUGUGACAAAAGUCCUGGACCGAACCCGUCAGCACCGUUAUACCAUCAAAUCCAUUCAUGUCAGAUUUCGUGACGCUCUGCGCAGGAGUGGAUUGGAACCAUCCUCCCACAUGACCACCGACCAUGUCUUCCCUCAACAGUAUACAUAUCAGAAUGUCUUCAUCGCGUCGACCAAUGUGGGCUACUGGACAAUUCUGAUACUUCUCAACAUCGUCCUGAAAGAAGCGGACAACGAAUUCCAUCCUGAGAAAACGGGUCUUUACAUUAUGGAGAAUCGAGACAUUGCACAAGAUGUGUGUCGGGCGACGCCAUUUAUGCUCACUUCGUCCUUUCUAGGACCAUUUUUCAUCACCUUUGCACUGAGGCUAUGUCUGAUGAUCUUCGACCCAGGGGCUGAAAGAACAUGGGUCGUGAACCGCCUUCUGGAAAUUGGAGCAACACGCAUGAAAAUGGCGUCGGAUAUUCCUGGGUUUGACUCUUCCAUGAGCGUCCAGCACUUGGCAGAAACGCGUGCUGCAGAGACCUUUGAGAGGGCUUCGCAGUACCGAGCGAGAACCUCCGUGGCACAAACAGUGGAAUAA